AUGUCCUUUCUCCUCCCCGGUCUCCGCCGCGGCCUCAUGCUCAGCACACCCUUCAUCCUCUCGACACCCCUCCUCGCACACCAAUUGCGAAACACCCACCGCAUACGCUGUGAUGCCGGCGAUCCGUUUUCGAGAAUAAAGUCCGAUUUGACGGGCGGGUACACGUCCGAGGCCCAAACGCCCAUCAUCACGCAGUCGGGGGCCGUGAAUCCGAGGGCGAUUCGGCAGGUCAGCAUGGGCAGUAUAUUGGGGGUGUUGGGAGGCUUGGGGAUAAGUGUCUUUAGUAAGCCGUUGGCGAUAUUGAUUGGAUUGGGAAUAUUUGUGUUGCAGGGAGGAGAUGUUCAUAUCGUUCGGGCAUCUGUUGAAUCGCCCGUCUAUGCUGAGCACACGGUGCGCCGUACAUGCUGGAGAACUGAAAGCUAA